CGGUUCGGAAGCAGCAUCGGUUGAGUUUAACCUUCGUAACUGUGGUGGUCUCCGAGACCGAGACCAAGACGACAACGUCGCGGGCUAUCUCUAACCGACUGGGUUCACGGUUCAGCGGGUUCCGAGUUGGUUGGUUUCGGGAGGUUCGGAUUUCUUUUUUCGGUAAUCGCCGACGCCGCGUUUUUGGACAAGUGCCAAGCAAGGGUAGUGCGGUGAGGUGAAUCGUCGGUGACGACUACGGUGGUGGCGUGAUCGAUCCGGAACUGCCGGAUUUUGGGGGCUUUUGAGAGGUUUCUCCUCCGCGCAGCUCAGCUCAAGUGUAACGCACCACGCAAGAAGGAAGACAAGUGUUUUUUUGAAGUGACGAGUUGGGCUUCUUUAUCUGCUGAUAAAUUGAUUGAACAGGUGGUUCCUGCCGGUGUCCAGAAGCAGAGUAGACAAACUCUACAUUGUCCCGACCAGCCGUCAGUGUUGUGUUGUGUCAAAUUAAAAAAAAAAAACAAAAAAAAAGUCACAAUGGUCGGAAUCGUCGAAGUGUUGCUGUUCCUCGCCGUCGUUGGAUACUUCUUCAACAAGAGCAGAGGAACCGACAUGGUGGACAUAAUAUCAAACCGUGUGCAGGAGGCGUACGGGUCGUUCCGUUUGCCGGGGAUGUUCGGUACCGGUGGCACCACGCAGACCGUCGAGGCCGCCGGUGGCUUCUCGACGUACGCGAUGCUGAAGCGUUUCGGCGAACCGAUGCGUCGCGAGCGCCAGAUGAACAAGGACAACGAGCGGAAGCGGCGCGAGGAGAGCCUGUACCAGAUGAAGGAUUCGGCCCCGCCGCACGUUAUGCCCGACAUUCGCACCGGCACGUCCGAGCUGGCGUGCCGGUUCUGCACACCGAACGCACCAGUACAAACUCAGCUGGACGAUGCGGAUCGGCGCCGGACGGCGAUCGACAUUCUGCGCGUGACGAGCCACGCGGGUCGUCGGACGGAUAGUGACGCGACGGAUUGGGGCGUGUGGUGUCCGCACUUGGCGCAGGCGGCUCGGGUGAAGAAGUUUGACUAUCCGCAGGUUGCGGGAGCCGUGAUGGCUGAGGAUCGCGUCCAGCAGGCUCUGGAUACGGCCUGUGACGAGGCGGUGAACGAGAAGCGACAGGAGCUGAUCGCUGCCGGGCAGAGUGACGAAUCGUUUGACGAGGACUCGUACUACAAUCAGAUGCUCAAGAAGCACCAGAAGCGGGCGGAACGGGUAUUGAUCGGUAUGCGUUCGAAGCUGUCCCAUCUGGCUUUGACGAUCACCUCGUGGGUGCUUUACAAGCUGCUGCCAUGUUUUAUAUCCGGGGUGGCCGCCCAUCCUGGGCAGGUAGACAUGAUCAAACGCGCGAUCGCUGCCCAUCCGGACGCUCCGUUGAUCUUCCUUCCGCUGCACCGGUCCCACCUGGACUACAUCAUGGUCAGCUUCAUUUUGCUCAAUCACGACAUUCGGUGUCCGCUGGUGGCCGGCGGGGACAACCUGCGCAUUCCGGUGUUCGGAAACAUCCUUCGGUACGACGGAGCGUUCUUCAUCAAGCGAAAGAUCGACCCGCUGACGGGGAAGAAGGAUCACGUGUAUCGAGCGAUCUUGCAUACGUACCUGCAGAAGGUGCUGACCGCCGGUCACAACGUGGAGUUCUUCAUCGAGGGUGGCCGAACGCGCACCGGAAAGCCGUGCAUGCCCAAGAGUGGCAUCCUGUCGGUGAUCGUAGACGCGUUCAACGAUCGCAGCAUCGCUGAUGCGCUGAUCGUGCCAGUAUCGAUCAACUACGAAAAGCUCGUCGACGGAAACUUUGUGCGCGAGCAGCUCGGCCAGAAGAAGAUCCCCGAGAGCUUCUGGUCGGCCGCGGCCGGCAUCGUAAAGGUACUGAAAGCCCGCUACGGCCUGAUGCGGAUCGACUUUAACGAACCGUUUGCGCUAAGCGAGCUGGUCUCUUCGUUACGUGAGAAAACAACCCCCCAGGAUGUUCAGCAGCAGUUCGGAGUCGACAUGAAGCGCCUCCAGCACAAACCAUCCUCAUCGUCCCUCUUCGGAACGGACGUCGUUCAGGAAGAGCAAGAACUGCGCCACCUCGUCGACAACAUUGCCCGCCACGUGGUGUACGACUGUGCCAAAGCUACCUCGGUCAUGACGACCAACGCGCUCGCAUUCCUGCUGCUGAACCGCUUCCGGGACGGAGCGCCACUUUCGAUCCUCGCAGAAACCCUGGACGAAAUGCGUCGCGUCCUAGAAGGCGAUUCGCGUGAUCUCGGCUUCACCGGAACCUCCGAGGACGUGAUCAAGUACGCCGCCGAGCUGCUCGGCCCCGGCCUGGUCACAAAGGAAACCCGCAACGGCCAACUCUUCGUCAAACCGGUAACCCUAGUCCCGAACGUGAUCGAACUGGCGUACUACUCCAACAGUCUGAUCCCGCACUUUGCGCUGGACUCGAUCGUGAUCACCUCGGCGGUGCUGCUCCACCGGAACGCCGAAUCGCGGUUACGCGCCCAGCAACAGUCCACCGACGACGUCAGCGUGAGUCGAAGGCAGCUGCACCGGACGUGUCUGGAGUUCUGCGAGCUCAUGAAGUACGAGUUUAUCCUGUCGAAGCCGUGCCAAAGUCUGGACACGAUGCUGGACAAUUGCUUCGACAAGCUGCGCAACCGGAAGCUGCUGGCACAACCCACGGUCGAAUACACCGACGAGCAGCAGGCCGCCCAACGGCUGGCCGCCCACAUCGAGCUGGACGAUUACUACGACGACGACGACACGGACUCCUUCAGCGAUGGCCUUUCCGUCAACCAUAACGCCGACGACGAUGCCAACGACCUGGAGCGGGUUUUCCUUCCGGCGGAGAAGCACUGCGACCGGAUCGUGCUGCAGUCGGUGCUGGCCCCGUUCACCAACACGUACGCCGCGGUGGCCGUGUCGCUGAACGCGCUCGUCGGCGGCAACUCGAUGGUCGAGGGCGAGUUCAUCAAGCAGUGCAUCCGGGAGAUUACGGGCCGCGUCGAGGCCGGAGAGUGUAAAUACGGUGAAAGCAUAUCGACCGACACCGUGCGGAACUGUCUCAAGUAUCUGGAGAAGCGGUCGCACAUCGAGAUUACGAACAACGCCGGCGUGCGGAUCGUGUCGCUGGCCGCGAGCAACGAAACGACCGAGCAGGUGCAGACCAUCAUCGACUCGGUGCAGCGGUUCGUGCCACUUUAAGGCGUCGAACUUUGAAGGAGGUGACCAAGAGACUGCGUUAUUGUUUUUUUUUUCUUCUGUUGCGACGAAUUCCGGAGGAGGCAGAGAGCACAUUCAGGUAAAUUUUUGACCUACAUAUUUCCGGUAACAAAUGUUUAGACAAUGGUUAGGCGAGUAGCAA